GCGGCUCCCUCCCCAGGUACCAUGUCCACGCGGCGGCUCCGCAGCGAGGACUACAACGACUACAGCUCCACGGACGUCACACCAGAGGGGAGCCCGCCGGGGGGCAUGAAUGGUUUUGGCCAUCCUGAGUCCUACCAGCGCUUUGGGGAGACCAGCGGGACGACAUGGUACCAGACCUUGAUCCACCUCUUGAAGGGGAAUCUCGGCACAGGCCUGCUGGGGCUGCCCCUGGCCGUGAAGAACGCGGGCAUCUUGUUAGGGCCUCUGAGCCUGUUCGUGAUGGGAGUCGUCGCUGUGCACUGCAUGAGCAUCCUGGUGAAAUGUGCUCAUCACUUCUGCUACAGAUUCCAGAAGCAGUUUGUGGACUACGGGGGUGCCGUGAUGUAUGGCCUGGAGUCAACUCCUAGUGCUUGGCUUCGGACACAUGCCAUCUGGGGAAGGCGUGUAGUGGGACUUUUCCUGAUCCUCACUCAGCUGGGUUUCUGCUGCGUAUACUUCGUCUUUCUAGCUGAUAAUCUGAAACAGGUCGUAUCUACAGCAAAUGGUACCACCAAUGACUGCAGCUCAAACAAAACUGUGGCCGUGACCCCCACGAUGGACUCCCGGCUCUACAUGGUUUCUCUGCUGCCGUUUGUGGUGCUGCUCACAUUUAUCCAGAACCUCAAGGUCCUGUCUAUCUUCUCCAUGCUGGCCAAUGUGGCCAUGCUUGGCAGCCUCAUCGUGAUCUACCAGUACAUCGUCAGGGGCAUUCCCGAUCCCAGUGACCUGCCUCUAGCAGCAGCCUGGAAGACCUACCCCCUGUUUUUUGGCACUGCAAUCUUUGCUUUUGAAGGCAUUGGAGUGGUGUUACCUCUGGAAAACAAAAUGAAGAAUCCCCAGCGCUUCCCGGUGAUCCUCUACGUGGGGAUGACGAUCGUCACGGUCUUGUACGUUAGCCUGGGCGUCCUGGGGUACCUGCGCUUCGGAGCAGAAAUCCAGGCCAGCAUAACACUCAACUUGCCCAACUGCUGGUUAUACCAAGCCGUGAAGCUGCUCUUCUCCUUCGGGAUUUUCUUCACGUACGCCGUGCAGUUCUACGUGCCCGCCGAGAUCAUCAUCCCUCCUGUCAUUGCACGAGUCUCGGAGCGCUGGGCGUUGCUGGUCAACCUGCUCCUCCGGACGGCCCUGGUUGGCAUCACCUGCGUGCUGGCCAUCCUCAUCCCGCGCCUGGACAUUGUCAUCUCGCUGGUGGGCUCCGUGAGCAGCAGCGCGCUGGCUCUCAUCUUCCCCCCGCUCCUGGAGAUCGCCACCUUCUACGCCGAAGGACUGCACCCCGUUGUCAUCAUCAAGGAUGUUGUGAUCAGCCUCUUCGGCUUCGUGGGCUUUGUGGUCGGGACCUACGAGGCGCUGGUGGAGCUGGCUACUCCCUCCGUGGUUGUGAAUGCCACCAGCACCUCCGUGCAGUGAC